GCAGCGGGCGGGCGGGCGGCGCGGGGAGGCGGGGCGCGGCGGCCGGCUGUGUCUGCGCCUCGGCGGCCUGGGAGCGGACAGACGCUCGGGGAACAUGGCGGCGGAGGCGGCGGUCCCGGCGCUCCCCAACAGCGGCGGCGGGGGCGCGGGGACGCCGUCGGGCACGGUCCCCGUGCUCUUCUGCUUCUCGGUCUUCGCGCGGCCCUCGUCCGUGCCCCACGGCGCCGGCUACGAGCUGCUCAUCCAGAAGUUCCUCAGCCUGUACGGCGACCAGCUCGACAUGCACCGCAAAUUCGUGGUGCAGCUCUUCGCGGAGGAGUGGGGCCAGUACGUGGACCUGCCCAAGGGCUUCGCGGUGAGCGAGCGCUGCAAGGUGCGCCUCGUGCCGCUGCAGAUCCAGCUCACUACCCUGGGAAAUCUUACACCUUCAAGCACCGUGUUUUUCUGCUGUGAUAUGCAGGAAAGGUUCCGACCAGCCAUCAAGUAUUUUGGGGAUAUUAUUAGCGUGGGACAAAGAUUGUUGCAGGGGGCCCGGAUUUUAGGAAUUCCAGUUAUUGUAACAGAGCAGUACCCUAAAGGUCUUGGAAGCACUGUUCAAGAAAUCGAUUUAACAGGUGUAAAACUGGUACUUCCAAAGACCAAGUUUUCAAUGGUGUUACCAGAAGUAGAAGCGGCAUUAGCAGAGAUUCCUGGAGUCAGGAGUGUUGUGUUAUUUGGAGUAGAAACUCACGUGUGCAUUCAGCAAACAGCCCUGGAGCUCGUCGGCCGAGGUAUUGAGGUUCAUAUCGUUGCUGACGCCACCUCAUCGAGAAGCAUGAUGGACAGGAUGUUUGCUCUCGAGCGUCUUGCUCGAACUGGGAUCAUAGUGACUACCAGCGAGGCUGUUCUGCUACAGCUGGUGGCUGAUAAAGACCAUCCAAAAUUCAAGGAAGUCCAGAACCUCAUUAAGGCGAGUGCUCCAGAGUCGGGUCUGCUUUCCAAAGUCUAGGACAUUUGAAGGACUGGUGUGCCACCCACCAUCAGGUGGCAGGGCUGUGACCCGACAAGCUCUUGUCUCUACUAGAAUUAAAAUGCUAAGUCAAA